AUGUUGGACUAUAUCCUCGCAACGGCGGACUCUAUGAGUCAUUUUCUUUCGGAACGUCAAGUGGAUAAGAAUGAAAAGGUGGAUCUUCUGGAAGAGUCCAUCCAUCUAGUAAGCAUGGCGCUCGUGUUCAACAACGAAUUUAAGGAGACGAUGCAUCACCUUGAACCGGGUCUCUGGAAAUCACCCCGUACCGUCAAAGUGAACGUGGUCGAUGGGCUCGAGUUAGCGGUGACAAGUUCAGAUCUUCUCCCAUUAUUAGUCCUACGCGGCAACGUCCAGUCCGUCCGUGACUUCCUGUCUAACGAAAAGGCAGAGAAUGUAAACCAUCGCAACAAACUCUUCGGAAGUGCACUCUACAACGCCGCCGCCCUCAACGAGCUGGAGAUAGUCGAGCUACUUCUCGCCCACGGCGCAGACGUGAACCACAUUGGAGGGCGAUGGCACACGCCUCUCCAGGCAUCAGUCGCCUACGCGAACGCCGCAGCCGCGCUCUCGGUCCUCCUCAAGGCGGGCGCAGACGUGAACCUCCAGGGCGGAUAUGCCGUGAAUAACAACCGAACAGUGCUCAUGACUGCCGCGCACGCCAAUAACUGCGAAGCCGUGUCAAUCCUCCUCUCGCGAAAAGAUGUCGAUGUGAAUCUUCUCAGCUGUGAUGAAGAAUCUAUCGUGCAUUAUUUAUGUCGAGCCGGGGAUGUGAACAAUCUGCGAAAGCUGCUUGCUGAACAUCCAGAUGCUGAUAUCAAGCACAAAGGAGAGUACGGAACGGCAUUGCAUGCGGCGAUGAAUCUGGCUCAUUAUCAGUUUACUGAGGGACAUGAUGAGGUUGUAGGAAUUCUGUUGGAGCUGGGUCUCUCGCCGUAUGAUGUUUCAAUGGGGUGCGAGACUGACAUCGUGGGAUGGGCGGAGAAUAUCAAGGAGGAGGCGGAGGAGGAUGAGGAGGAGAUUCCGGCUGCUGUGCAGCGGAUACUUGGGUGGCGGGAUGCGAAAGAGACGAGCUCUUGA